ACACGCCGAGCUACAAGAGUUCAAAGUCUAGGUAACUUGAUCUGCUUCUCUCUAAGUAAGUUAGUUAGUUCUGGUGGAGCUAUUCGCUGAGCGGACGAAAUGGCCACUAUUCGCUCCCCCGCAUUCAUCGCCCUCCUGGGUUGGUGGCUGUCUGUGCUAACGUAUUCGGCAACGGCCGACCAGACGACCUUCGACUGUCCCAUGCGACAGCAAAUGCUGCAAUACGCACACAAGCUGCAGCCUUGGAGAAGCACCCACGCGUUCCAGCAGAUUGCAGACGCUCUCAACGGAGCAAAGGAAGCCCAACAUUGCAAUGUUUCGCUGCCUGAUGAGCUGCUGAGUAAGGAUGGAUAUCACAAUGGAGACGGACACCCUCGUAACAUCCCAUUCGUGCCUACUCCCGAAUCUGGAAGUCAGUAUUACGUAGAUACAGUCCACGGUAUUGAUACUAACAGUGGCACAGCACCCAAUCAAGCGUUCAAAACCAUCCAGAAAGCCGUAGAGGUAUCAAGGGGAAGUUCAGUGGAAAGACCAGUGACAGUACUGCUGCUGGCGGGUACGUACUACAUGAGUGAUGAAGCGCUAAGUCUUGGAUCAGCGGACAAUAAUCUGUCCUUUCAGAAUUACCAGGGAGCAGAGGUUUGGCUGAGUGGAGCCAGACUCAUUACACCUGAGUGGAAAGCCUAUAACGUGUCACCUGGAGUACAGUGGGAUGUUGUUACCAACCUGAACGCCUUCUUUGGUGAGGCGCCCAGCAAAAAUCUGGUGAACAAUGGCACGUACAGUACCUGGGAGUUGUGUGAAGCUGCAUGUCAGAAGAAUGGGUCGUGCAACACGUUCAUCUGGUGUGCGCAGCACCCAGGUUACGUGAAUCAAUGUUGGUUCCGGUUUGACCAUCAGUGGGCCUUACACGCCGAUAAGAAUAUUGUUAGCGGGCACAAAGUGUUCGGUCCAAAUGUCUAUGUGGCUGACUUGUCCGGGCUGGGAAUCGCCUCCAUCAAAGGCCUGCGUGUGAAUGGUUCCAGGGCUAUUCGUGCACGAUUCCCAAACGCGAAUCCAGAGGAAGGAUUUGGGUCCACCUUGCACCCGAAGUACCUGCCAAACACGCUGCCCGCUGAGCCCGAUUACACAGUGGCACCGACCACUCCAUUCCGAAACACUUCCGAUUCGUAUCAGUACUACACGGUGGGUGUGGGUGGACCCUGCUCAGAGUACGAUCCACCUGCAAGCUACUGGGCAUCUCCGAAGGACGUGGUGCGAGGGCAUGGCGUGUACAUGCCAUCGCAUCCAUCCGGCUUUGUCGGCGAUCCCUCCAUGUUCCCCAAUAUGCCGUACAAGGAUCCAACGACCGCCGUUGUUCACUGCUGGCGUACCGCUCACUGGUUCAGCCUUAUGUACUCGAUCAAGUCUUAUGACGAGACCAGCACAAACUUUACUUUUGACAAGGGAGGAUUUCAGGGUGCUGAGGGGGAUCCCAAGCACGCUGAAAUGUAUAUUGAGAACGUCUUUGAGGAACUCGACUUCCCAAUGGAGUGGUUCUAUGAUGAGCAUACACAGAUGCUCUACUACUUCCACAAUGGCACGGGUGCUCCACCGGCUGAUCUAGUGUUUGAGGUUGUUCAAAACCAAGUACUGGUCAAUAUGACUGGUACGCAACAGCUGCCUGUCAGGAAUAUCAGCUUCACGGGAAUCAACUUUCGAGACACUGCCUACACAUACCUAGAGCCCCAUGGCGUGCCAUCGGGCGGAGACUGGGGACUUCAGCGUACAGGUGCUAUAUUCUUGGAGGGCACUGAGCACGUCAUGUUUGACAGCUGUAUCUUUGAGCGGCUUGACGGCAUUGGAGUGAUGAUAUCCGGCUACAAUCGCUACGCAACCGUAACCAGGUCAGAGUUUGUCUGGAUCGGAGACAGUGCCAUUGCGUCGUGGGGAUACACCAGUGGUGUGCCUAAGGUUCCUGGCGUCGGCUGGGACGGUACGGACGGGAACCACCCUCGCUACAAUCAAAUCACCUACAACCUAGUUCAUGAACUGGGAAUCUGGGAGAAGCAAUCGUCGUUCUACUUCCAAGCCAAGUCCUGUAUGAACAAUAUCCACGGUAACAUUCACUACAACGGUCCACGUGCUGGUGUGAACUUCAAUGACGGUUUCGGUGGCGGAAGUAAUUUGACAGAGAAUGUUCUGUUCAAUACUUGUCGCGAGUCCGGAGAUCACGGACCGUUCAACAGCUGGGACAGGCAGGUGUUCACCUUUAUUCUGGACGAAGCCGGCCAACCAACAACCACCAAGCGUUUUGACAACAUUGCCUAUAACUACAUCCUGGAUAACUACGAUAGCCAGGAAGGCAUCGACAAUGAUGACGGCUCGGCGUACUACGAAACCCAUCACAACGUGUUCGUGUACAGCGGGAAUGGGAUGAAGAACGACUUCAACGGCCACGACAACCACCAUCACAACAACAUAUACGCGUAUGUCGGCCAUGGAUUUGGAAUCUGCGGCCAGCGAGAAGGGCACGUGGACAUGUUCUACAACAACACGCUCGUCCAGACGCGAGACGGUGACUAUGGUAACCCGGCAUGCUCCGGGCCCGGCAAGACCGUCGUCCAUGACAACAGUGUGUACACACCGACUGGCAGCGUAACCGAGUGUCGCAUGUCGCUGGCAGACUGGCAGAAGCAAGGUAAUGACCCGGGCACUACAGCUGCCAAGUACCCAGAGGACAAUGUCCUGCUCCAUGAGAUCAGCACCUUGCUCGAGAUCGACUGAACACACACCUCAUACAAAUCCACCAUAAUGAUCACUAUGAAGUGCGCAUCGGGUGAUAGAUAAAAUUUCCAAUAUUAGUUCGUGCAAAUGGCCAUUGAGAUUUUCUCCUUAUUUUAUGUGUUGCAAAUUUACAAGAAUUUUGUGAUUCAGAUGCUUUUCAUUCUUCUACGUUUUAAAGUUUGCAGGUUCCAUGAGUUCCAGAAUUUUUUUUAAAUCGGGCUUGAAAGUGCUACGUCACAGCCCGAGUCAUGGCAACGCUGGCUUUUGGAUGUACUUUGUGUAUGGA